UAUCGUCGUUGCUGUUAUCAUUAGUUUGUUUCUGGAAACUACUGCCCUUGAGAGUGCCUGGUGCACAUCCCCAGCCUAUCAGUGUUCAUGAAACUUCUGUUCGAUGUAAAUGAGACACCAAAAAAAUAGAGGGUGAUUUACAAUUGGAGUUAGUGUUCAGGCAAGGAUACACACUGCCAGCCAGGUGUGAUAAGGAUUUUUGUGAUAAGCUUUUUUUGCGUCAGUGUUGCACAAUUAAAUAACAGAUUUAAAGAAACACCAAAGAUAAAUUAAACAAUAUUAAAGGUCCAUGUACUUUUGCUUUCAAGAGAAACAGAUUAAUAAUUAGACUGCUUGACACCGGUGGGUUGGGUUUUAUGAGCUUUAAUAUAAAGGCAUCUCUAUAGUUUGUUAAGCUGUUGGAUUGUGUUGCAACCUAAGUGGCCUGAGAUAUUAUAUAGAUAGAUAUUGUAUAGAUUGAAUAGAGAAUACUGAAUAUUUAUCACGUUGAUAGUCCAAAUUCUGUUAGAGCGCAGAGUAUAUUUAACAAAAGGUAGCAAAGGUGAAAAGAAUGGCGAGCUCUUCUAGAAGGAAAGUAUUAGUCGGUUGCACCGGUAGCGUGGCCACGAUCAAAUUGCCGCAGUUGGUAGAGAUGUUGCGGCAGAACCACUUAGAAGUGAGAGUGGUCGUGACAGAGCGAGCCAAACACUUCCUGAAGGAUGCCCAGCUGCCACCUGAAAUUCAAGUGCUGUCCGACACAGUGGAAUGGGCUGCCUGGCAGGAUCGCGGCGAUCCAGUCCUACACAUAGAUCUCGUCAAGUGGGCGGACGUGUUUGUGAUAGCACCGCUGGAUGCCAAUACAUUGGGCAAGAUCGCCAGUGGUAUAUGCGACAAUAUCGUCACAUGUGUGGCGCGCGCUUGGGAUCCUGCAAAACCGCUCCUGUUUUGCCCAUCCAUGAAUACAAAAAUGUGGGAACAUCCGGUUACCAUGCCGCAAGUAUCACUGCUCAAAUCCUGGGGUUAUAAGGAGAUACAUUGCAUAUCCAAGACGCUGAUGUGUGGCGACAUAGGAAUGGGUGCGAUGGCAGAAGUGGACACGAUCGUGCGAUCCACUUUGCGAGCUUUGAACCCGUGGGGGGAUCCGCCGGAUUCGUGUCCCUAGCAUAGGGCGACAUCUUCUUCGUACGAACCUCGUCGACGAUACCGCGAGCAUCGAUGAGAUUUUCCACGUCGAGAUCUCCAAAGACGCACUAUGGUGCGAUUCGAACGUACGCUUAAUAAAAUAUACGCUAAUUUCGCUUGUCUAAUAAAAUCGGUAUGAGCCUAAGACCCGGACAUACUUGGUCAUAUAUGAACCAUGUGAUAAAGAAAUUGCGUUUAUCAAUAAAAAUGUUCAUCGUUAAGUUUUUCUCCAGUCAUGUUAUUUUGUCUGUGAAUUUUAUCUUCAUUUCUUGUUUUCUUCACUAGACGUAUUGUACUAUCAUAGUGAAAUAAUUGUUAAUUAGAAACCCGUAGAUGUUAUAAAUAGUGAAGUCCGAAUUUGAACGCAUCAUGGUCGUCAUAUCCCUUGCUCAACCUGGAGUAAAUCAAUUGUAUCGAGAGGAACAAAUAAGAUAAUCAUAAUUUUAUCUGUCCAGUUAUCGAAAUGCAAUGUAUAAAAAUAUUGUGAAGAAAAAAAGGAGAUUCUGUUGACAUAUCCUAAAGUUGAUCCGCCAGAAUGUACAUGCUUUUGUUAAAUAUAUGAACGAUAACUAUA